AUGACUGAAGUUGAGAGGAAUUGGAGGAGGCCACCACCCCAACCUCAAUCUCCAUCUGCAUCCGAAGCUCCGAUAUCUUCAACGAGUGAAAUGAGUAAUGGUAAAGCUCAUGACACUUCUGUCAAAAGAAGAGUGAGAUCCAACUCCAAGAGCACACCCUCAAAAAGUAGUACUUUAACAAGCGGCAACGCAUUCAAACAAAAAUCAGAGAUAGAGUCACUGCAGCCAGCGGUGGCACCAAGAAACAAAUAUACGCACAUAAUCAUUUUAAAAUCCCUCAAUGAAACGUUUGAGACAAAAUUUCUGGUAGUACCAUUCAAGCCAGAUAGCCUUAAGUUGGGUAGACCCGUUUUGAACUCCAAUAGCAGUUCCCAAAGUUAUGGCGUCAAUGGAAGCACAGGCAAUAUUGGGAAGGUGGACUCUCAACAGGCACCUCAAGUUCGGCCAGAUAACGGGCAUUUCGACUCAAGAGUUCUGUCGCGGAAUCAUGCUUCCUUAAGCUGCGACAUUAAUACUGGUAAGAUAUAUAUACGUGACCUAAAAUCUAGUAAUGGAACGUUUGUUAAUGGUAACAGAAUAGAUCAGCAAGACGUGGAGCUGAAGGUUGGAAAUAUUAUAGAUUUGGGAACAGAUAUAGAUAGCAAAUUCGAGCAUAGAAAGAUAAGUGCAUUCGUCGAAGACAUAUCCGUCAUUCCGUUGAUUAAUGAAGUGCCAUCGAACGGCCCUACUAAUGGAAAACUCGGUGAACCAACAAAGACAGAGAUAGGAACUGAGAAUGGCUCUGGAUAUUCUGUAGUUUCCGCAACAACAGCUCAAAGAGCUGCUUUUGAAGCGGCAAUGUUUGGUGAUGUAAACAAUCUAGAUUUGGAAGAUACGGUUUUGGGUUCUGAAACUGAGAUACUAAGUGGUAUCUUUAUUAAUAAUUCAAUUGGAACCAGUCCUAAUUUGAUAAAUGUUAUUAAGACUUUAGCUACCGAAGUUGCACUGGAAAAGCAUGAGUUUACUAAACUUAGGUCUAUGGAAAACUUUCUUAUAAAUUACACAACAAAUCUCGAGUAUGUCAAUAAACUCCUAGUGGAAAAAAAUGAUAAGCAACUUGCCAAACUACAGAACGCACUGAAGCAAAAACUAACAGAAAGGCAAGGUUUAAUUAUUCAAGAACAUAAGGCUCAGUUAGAAAAAAUGGAGCGAGAGAAUCUGAAUAUGAAAAGUUCAUUCGAAACUCAGGAAAGGGAGAAACUUGAACAUGUCAAGAGCCUAACGAACGAUAUAGAGGAUUUAAGGACAAGAUUAGAAGUGGAAAAGUACAGGAAGUCACAACUGGCGAAAAGUAACGUAAGUAUUGAUCAGGACUCAACACGACAGGUAAUUCAGAUCAAUGAAAAAGCAACACAUAUCAAAGACCCAAGUGGAGCAACAGACGAAACACGGCAAACUCCUGGUUAUAGAAAGUUAGGAGGUGGUGCUUUACUAAUUAUGAGUGCCAUAUCAGUAGGGCUCGUGGCAUAUGCCAUGACGUUCUCCUCAGAACAGCAUAUUUGA